AUGUAUAUUGGGUUAUAUACACAUGAUAAUGAGUUGGUUUAUGAGAGUAAUAGUAUGGGGAUGGAGAGGAUUUUAGCUUAUGCAGCUACGGAUAUUUUAGAUAAGAUUGUAGGUCGUAGUAAUUAUAGUUUAUUUAGUGAGAUAGUGAGAUAUGAGGGUCGGAGUGUGAAUGGAGUUGUUUUAGCUAAUGGGUAUAAGGGGUUUAUGGUAUAUGGAGAAGGAGAAGGGAUAAGUCAAGAGGAGAUGAAUGAAGUAAUUAUGGGCCUGAAGAACAAAAUACUAGCUAGAGAUUAUGAUGAGGUGGUAUUGAGGUGA